AUGUCCAGGCAUGCACAACUUAGAGACCAUGAUGUAAAUCCAUGCAUAGCGGAAACAGAUGCCUCUAACAAAUGUAUGGAUGACAACAACUAUAACAAGGAUAAAUGUACUGCGUAUUUUUUGAAGUACAGGAACUGCAGAAAAUUCUGGCAUGCCGUUAUGAUGCAAAGGAGAAGAAAUGGUGUGAAACCAGAGAUGCCCUCAGCAGAAGAGAGAAAGAAUAUGUUGGAAUCGAUGGGGAAGCCCUACUGA